CUCAAUCAAUCACACCAGAAACCACACACAACAGCGCGCAAAAUGCGCUCCCUCCUCUCCGUCCUCUCCCGGACGGGCACAAGAACCACCCCCCUACGCCCCGCAUCCUCAAUUCUGCGCACCGCCCUCAACAGAACAGGAACAGCAGCAGCAGGACCAGACUCCCUCUGCACGCGCUGCCUCCGCCGCACGAACAACACCACCCAGCUCCGCUUCUACAACAACAACCAAUUCAAUGACGACCAGCGCUGGCUCUCCGUUGUCGACGCCCCCUCGCAAGUUGUCCGCACAGGCCGGAAACAUGGUCCGGGACUGAUCAUUCUCGCACUAAUCCCCAUAAUCUCCUUCGCUCUCGGAACAUGGCAAAUUCAACGUCUAGAGUGGAAGACCAACCUAAUUGCCAAAUUCGAAGACCGACUAAUCAAGCCCCCACUGCCUCUACCCCCGCGGAUCGACCCGUCCGCGAUCUCCGAGUUCGAUUACCGCCGGGUCGUCGCGACGGGCACGCUCCGACAUGAUCAGGAGAUGUUGGUGGGUCCGCGCAUGCGAGAGGGCCAGGAUGGGUUCUUUGUGGUGACGCCGCUGGAGCGCGAGGGUGGGAGUACGGUGUUGGUGAAUCGGGGGUGGAUUAGUCGGAAGAUGAAGGAGAAGAGGGAUAGGUUGAGGCAAGGGGAGGGGAGGGCAUUGCCGGAGGGAGAGGUCGUGGUGGAGGGAUUGUUGAGGGAGCCGUGGAAGAAGAAUAUGUUUACGCCGGAUAAUGUGCCUGCUGAGGGGAAGUUUUAUUUCCCUGAUAUUGAGCAGAUGGCGGAGUUGACGGGGAGUCAGCCUGUUUGGAUUGAGGAGACUAUGGUCCCCGAUAUGGUCGAGGCGAUGGAUCGCGAGGCCAAGGGUAUCCCUAUUGGCCGUGCUGCUGAAGUCAACCUCAAGAACAACCACAGCCAGUAUAUCUUUACUUGGUACGGCUUGUCGCUGGCAACCUCCAUCAUGCUGUGGAUGAUCAUCCGCAAGCGUCCCAACGAGGCUACUCGGCGUGUGCGCCAUAACCGCAACUGGUAGUGGCUCGUGUCCCCGCAUGCUGGACGGCGUUUGGACUUGUAGCUUUAGGAAUAU